GAUCUCUCUCUUUUUCAUUGAUUGAUUACUGGAUCUGGUUCAAUUUGGCUUUUGGAGAUUUUUUACACUCAUCGUGCAAUCUCUCUGACUAAAAAACUAAACUUUUCCUUUUCUCCACUCAUAUAUAAAUCAACGGCGAGACAAUAUUGCUCACAUGUUUUAAAACAGAAGACAAAAACGCUUUUAAAAAAAAACUUUGUUUUGUUUCUUCCAAUUUGUCAAUCUCGGUGAAAUUAAUUACUUUUGUUUGUUUGUUACGUUACGUUACGUUAUUUAAACUAAAGAAACAACAACAAAAAAUGGGUUACGAUAUAAAUCGUUUUAAAAGUCGUUUACCAAAUGAAAUAAUAUGUGGUAUUUGUUUUGGUGUACUGGAUGAUCCACAAGAAUUAAUUGAAUGUGGUCAUAUGUUUUGUAAUAAUUGUAUAAAUCGUUGGUUAGAUGAUCCAUAUUAUAAUACACCAACAUGUCCAAUAUGUCGUCGUGAUUUUUGUUUAGAUGAUUUACGACCAUCAAUUGAUUCUAUACGAAAAUAUAUUAAUCGUUUACGUAUACGUUGUGAUUUUGAAUCGCUUGGUUGUAUUGCCGAUGUUCGUUUAGAAGAUUAUUAUCGUCAUUAUUAUCAAUGUCAAUUGAAUCCACAAAAACCAAUAAAAUGUCAUCGUGGUUGUGGUGUUUAUUUACCAUCCGAAAAAUUAUUACAACAUCAUUGUAAUUUAGAUAUGUGUCAAGAUGCUAUUGAAUGGAAUGAUAUAUUUGAAAAUGUUAAACAAGAAAUGAAACAACGUAAUUUUAAACGUUAUCAACCUAAAUAUUCAUUAAUUGGUAAUUCAUAUAAAAAAUUAUUAACAUUUUUUACAAAUUGGCUAGCUGAUCCACGUUUUGAUAAUGAUAAUGAUUGUAAUAAUAAUCAAAGUGGUAACGUCGAUGUCGAUGGUGAUUAUCAUUUUAUCGAUAAACAACAGCAACAUGCGGUUUCAUAAUCGGAAAACUUUACGAGAAAAAUUGUAGCCGAAAACUUUCUUUUUAGUAUUAUUAUCAACAUUUUCUUUCAAACCUGAAAAACCGAAAGAAAUUUUCCCCCCGGAAAUUUCGAUUAUCUUAAUUAAUUAAUUAUUUUUACAAAAAGAAUCUGAAUUUGUAUUUAUUUUGAGUAUUAUUUUUUUC